UGGCAGCAGAUCUCAUUAGAAGUCUGACAGUUGGGGAAACAGCAGUCAGAUCACAGACCUGAAGAUAAGUAUGAAGCUUAACAUCGCUUUGAGUGUUGCUGGAACCAUCCUUCUCUUCAUAGCAGCUUCCCUCUGCCAGUUAGAUGUAUGUGGUCAAACCCCCCUCAACACAAGGAUUAUUGGAGGGGAGGAUGCACAGGCAGGGGCUUGGCCAUGGCAAGUCAGCAUUCAUGUUGAAGACAAUUUCGGUUCUUACCAUUCCUGUGGUGGGUCUCUAAUCAAUAAAGACUGGGUUUUAUCUGCAGCUCACUGCUUCAAGAGGAAUGACCCUUCUAACAUUGUGAUGUACUUUGGGCGUCGAAGCAAAUCGGGCCCAAACCCCAAUGAGAUAUCCAGGAAAGCGAGUCAAAUGAUCAAACAUCCUAACUACGACAGUUCUACAUUUGACUUUGACAUAGCACUCGUCCAGCUCUCCUCCUCUGUUGAUUUCACAAAUUAUGUUAGGCCAGUCUGUCUGGCAGCUGCUGGUAGUGUGUUUGCUGGAGGUACAGAGACCUGGGUCACUGGAUUUGGUAGACUGCAGACCGGAGGUACGGCUGCUGACACACUGCAGGAGGUGAUGAUACCAAUUGUGAACCACAUCGACUGUAAUAAGGCUUAUAGUGGAUCUAUCACAAGCAAUAUGAUUUGUGCUGGAUUGCUAAAUGUGGGAGGGAAAAGUUCAUGUAAUGGAGACUCUGGAGGUCCAGCUGUCAAUACGAACGGCUCCCUGUGGAUUCAGUCUGGUAUUGUGAAUUUUGGUUCAGAACGAUGUGAUGACCCUAAACAUCCCAGUGUGUUCGCCAGGGUGUCUCAGUACCAGGAUUGGAUCAAGUCCUUUACGGGCAACAACCCACCUGGAUUUGUUCAAUUCCCCUCCAAUGGAUUCACAAGUUCACUCAGUCCCCUUUUAUUAUCAAUUUCUCUCACAUUUUCCAUCAUUCCUUUCACAAUCUCCUUAUGUCGUUCUUCAUAAAGAUAGUUUGAAAUAAAAAUUUACCUUUUACAGCAAAUUGCAGUUAAAUAUUUUCUUUUUUUAGAUUCAGGAUGAUAGCAUAACUAAAUAUAAACAAACAAUCAACAGUAGCCUAUUGGAAGUUGAUAUUUACUUUUUUUUACAUUUAAUCAUUUAGCAGAUGCUUUUAUCCGAAGUGACUUACAAAGAGUUUAGGGAGCAAUAAGAGAUUUGUCAUACAUGAACAAUAAUACAAUAGGUGCCAAUACAAUGUUACUAGUUUCAACUAAAGCUAGACCACUACCUGUUUAACGGAAUGUUUUUUUUUGUCUAUCAAGUAUUCACAGAAGAGAACGGUUAUAAUUAUUUUUUUAAUGUUGUGAGAGAUAAGUAUUAUUAUUAUUAAUAUUAUUAUAUGGCUGAUAAACGAUAUGCGUAACCGAUAUAUGGUCUGAAGCUCUCAAUGUCAUCAGUGAUACUG